GUCCGGGGCUUCGCGCUUAUCGUCAGGCAGCGGGUCCGCCUGUGCAUGGGCCGAGUCGACGCCAGUUGUCGCCCGCCGCCGGCACAGCAGCCUGGCUUGGGCGCCCUAGCUGCAGCCAGGAGUGGGUGCAGGAAUCUGCAUCGCUGCGGCCUCCAGGGUACCUCGGGAUCGCCCCCUAGCACUUCCUCCAAGACUAGCGUCUUGCGGCCAUAGCAACCAGCCCUCGCGACGGGCCGCAGCAAUCGAUCAAACCGCAGCUGCGGCCCUCGGCCCCCGAGUCUCCAUGGGCCCCGCGGGGGACGCGGGGGGCCCCGGGCGCUUCCUCGGCGUCUAUCUGCUCUACUGCCUGAACCCCCGGCACCGGGGGCGCGUCUACGUGGGCUUCACCGUUAACCCCGCGCGGCGCGUCCAGCAGCACAACGCGGGCCGCAAGAAGGGCGGGGCCUGGCGGACCAGCGGGCGCGGGCCGUGGGAAAUGGUGCUCGUGGUCCACGGCUUCCCCUCCGCCGUGGCCGCCCUUCGGUUCGAGUGGGCCUGGCAGCACCCGCACGCCUCGCGCCGCCUGGCGCACGUGGGCCCGCGCCGGCGGGGCGAGGCCGCCUUCGCGUUCCACCUGCGGGUGCUGGCGCACAUGCUGCGCGCGCCGCCCUGGGCGCGCCUCCCGCUGACGCUGCGCUGGCUGCGCCCCGACUUCCGCCAGGACCUGUCCCCGCCGCCGCCGCCCCACGUGCCGCUGACCUUCGGGCCCCCGCCGCCCGCCGCCCCGCGGUGCCACGCCCGGCCCGCCGCGGACCCGGACGCCCCGGCCCUCUGCGCCCUGUGCGCGCGCGCGCUCCAGGAUGAAGAGGGCCCCCUGUGUUGCCCACACCCUGGCUGCACCCUGAGGGCCCACAUUAUCUGCCUGGCAGAGGAGUUCUUGCAGGAGGAACCAGGGCAGCUUCUGCCCCUAGAGGGCCAAUGCCCUGGCUGUAAGAACUCACUGCUCUGGGGAGACCUGAUCUGGCUGAGCAGGAUGGGUGCUGAGGAGGAAGAGGAAGACUUGGAAUCAGAAGAGGAACACUGGACAGACAUGCUGGAGACCUGAUCCCCACUCUCCCCACCCUGCCCCCUCCCAUUCCUUUUCUGUGCCACCCACUGUGGGUUUGGGCAUUUUUACUUGAUUACAAUAAAGACUGAGUUAAGGGUACCUUCUGGUGUUUGAUGGGCAUGGAGUUAUGAAGCAGAGGCCUUGAGCACGCGGGAGGGGCCACUGGCCCAGCUUGGACCUGUGUCUCCUCUGCCCAGAAGCCUCUUGCUCGGUGUCCCCCAUGGUGCCUCUGAAGUCACAAUUCUUUGAGGUUUUGGGAGACUGACACCUGACUCAAGUGUUCACCUGUCUCUGAUGCCCAUUUGACUUUGAACUUUAAUCUAGAUACUAGGGACAAAGGUCAAGGAAGGGGUGGGGGCAUGCCCUCCUUGCAUGGGGCCCUGACUCCUGAGUCCAUUGCGAACCCAGGGAAAGAGCACUCUCUUCCAGGGGCAUUCUUUCUCUACCCAUGAGGCUCCACGCUGUUACAAGGGGGCCGAGGAACUGGGCUCCUUCCCCCAGCACCAGCUGCCUCACCAGGAGCCUGCCCUGCUCUGCUCCGC